UCUCCUGCUGUGUUCAGGUGGAUCGUGUGGAUAGGUUACCGCCUAGUCUGUCCACCAGGCGAAUUCCUAGCACUGUGGUGGGUCUAGGCGGGGGCCGGUAUGGCAUCUUCAUCACCUCAAAACACCUGCAGGCCUCCGACCCUGACAGCCCCGCGGAAGAGCUGGAGUUCUCCAUCAGCAGGCCUCCGCAGUUCGGCUACCUGGAAAAUGCUCUCACAGGAGCAUACAUCAGAGGUUGUUUCACGCAGCGGGACGUGGACCAGCGCGCCGUGGCCUUCGUCCUCCCUGCCGACAUGGAGGUGACGGCGGACAGCUUCCAGUUCCUCCUCACUGACCCUGCUGGAAACACCAUGCUACCCCAAAU